ACAACAGUCGAUGAUCCACACAGUUCCCUCUGUCCAAAGCAUUAACAGUUGCUACCUGCUUGGGCGGAAUUGACGUAAACACCGGUGCUACAUGCUUCACCCUGAGUCCAGCCAGGCCGCAGGAGAGGCCGUGCACGACAUGACAGCACCGGGAUCGCGGAAGAAAGCCCGCUGGCAACCGCGGGUGACCGUGCAAGCGGAGGCGGUGAGGGCUGCGGGUCGCUACGUUGUGCUGACAGCCCUGUGUGUCCUGUGCUACUGCAACACACUCCGCGGGGAGUUAGUGCACGACGAUGUGUGGGCUAUCGUCAACAACCCGGACGUCCGACCGGGCUCGAGCCUAAGAAACAUCUUCAGCAACGACUUCUGGGGCAAAAUGAUGGCGGACAAUACGAGCCACAAGUCCUACAGACCGCUGUGCAUCCUCUCCUUCAAGUUGAACAUCCUGUUGGGCGGAAUGACACCUCUGUAUUUCCAUAUGGUCAAUGUGUGUUUCCACUGUGCUGUAACCUGCCUGCUCAUGCACACAUGCAAAAGCUGUGUGUUUGAAGACUCAAGUUUGGCUUUCAUCACAGCACUCCUCUUUGCUGUGCACCCUGUCCACACUGAAGCCGUGUCUGGUGUCGUGGGCAGGGCCGAUGUUUUGGCCUGUCUGCUGUUUUUGCUCACUUUUCUUUCCUAUGUUAGAAGUGUUGGUGUGUGUGUCUCAGAGGACUCUCUGCCCUCUACCAUGUCGGCGUUGUCUCUGAUUGUCAGUUUGUUGCUGGGCACCUGCGCCAUGCUGAUCAAAGAGACAGGCAUCACAGUGUUUGGAGUGUGUGUAAUCUAUGAUGCCCUGGUCCUCUGCUGCAAGCCUCUUAUUAAUCACCUGUAUAGCUCCAGACCAGGCAACCUCCUCCACAUCUGCAGCCCCUUCGUCAAACGAGCCUGUCUAAUCUCUGGAUAUGUGGUGCUAAUCAUGUCAGUCAGGCUGUGGCUGAUGGGAGGAUCCAUGCCUCUCUUCUCCGAACAGGACAACCCUGCUUCCUUCUCUCCUCACCUGCUUACCAGGAUUUUGACCUAUUCUUACCUGCUGUCAUUUAAUGCCUGGUUGCUGCUUGCCCCCAUCGUGCUUUGUUAUGACUGGCAGGUGGGGAGCAUUCCCCUGGUGGAGUCAUUGAGUGACUUUCGCAAUGUGGCUGCCAUGCUCCUGGCCAUUGUAAUGGUUGCACUUUGCCUGCACUGCGUCUUCUCACUACAGAGACAAGAGAGCAGGGAGGUGUUGGUUGGAGUGUUGUUUCUGGUGUUUCCAUUCAUUCCUGCCAGUAACCUUUUCUUCAGGGUUGGAUUUGUUGUGGCCGAAAGGGUUCUCUACAUGCCGAGUAUGGGCUACUGUAUCUUGGUGGCUCAUGGCAUGGGUCGGUUGUGUGCGGUGGUAGGCCGCUGGGGCACCACAGUCCUCAGUGUCUCCAUGCUGUUGCUCCUCCUACUCUUCUCCUGGAAGACCAUCCAGCAGAACCAUGUCUGGCUUUCCAGGGAGGCCCUUUUCAAGUCUGGUAUCCAGACUCUGCCUCACAAUGCCAAAACCCACUACAACUACGCCAACUUCCUGAAAGACAGUGGCCGACACGAAGAGGCCAUUCACCACUACACCACUGCCCUCAGGUUAUAUCCUCGUCAUGCUAGUGCCAUGAACAAUCUUGGCACUCUGACACGCUGCCCAGAGGAGGCUGAGCACUUCUAUAGGAAAGCAUUGGACACCAACCCUCAACAUAACAGAGCUCUCUUUAACCUGGGCAACCUCCUCAAGUCCCAGGGGAAGGCAAAAGAGGCUGAGGCUCUGCUGAUGGACUCCAUACACUUCGGUCCCCAUUUUGCUGAUGCUUACUCCAGUCUGGCAUCACUUUAUGCUGAACAGAAACGCUUUCCUGAAGCCAAUGAAGUGUAUCUGAAAGGCAUACAGAACUGUCCAGACAAUUCUGACCUGCAUAAUAAUUAUGGUGUGUUUCUGGUAGAUACAGGAGAGGGAGCGCAAGCAACAGCUCACUACCUGCAAGCAGUUCGACUCAAACCAGCACACUAUGUUGCUAUGGUGAACCUGGGCCGCCUUCUCAGAUCAUCCAAUGAGAAUGAAGCAGCGGAGUCUUGGUACAAGAGGGCGCUGCAGAUAACAAGGAAGGUGGAUAUUCUGACACCGCUUGGAGCACUGUACUACAACACAGGCCGAUUUGAGGAGGCUCUGCACGUGUAUAGAGAGGCUGCAGCCGUGCAGCCAGACAACACAGACAUUUGGCUGGCUCUGGCUCAGGUUUUAGCCAUGGUCAGUCAUACCAUAGAAGCAGAGAAGAUGACCUUGGACAUCAUAUCCAGAGAAGGCAGCUGUAUUGAAUGUUACAGACUCCUGUCUGCCAUCUACAGCAAGCGUGGCAACUUUACAGAGGCCCUGGAUGCUCUGGAUAGGGCCCUGCAGCAGAAUCCCAGUGAUCUGACAGUAAGAGCAGAGCUGUAUUUUUCCAAAGGAAACCAGCUCAGAGAGAUGAACCAGCUGGACCAGGCCUUUGAGAGCUACAAGCUAGCGGUUGAACUGAAACCUGAUCAGUCCCAGGCCUGGAUGAAUAUGGGAGGGAUUCAACACAUUAAGGGAGAUUAUGCAGCAGCCAGGAUGUACUACCAGCGAGCCCUGUCUCUGAACCCUGGUUCCAAACUUCUGAAGGAAAACUUGGCCAAGCUAGACCGGCUAGAAAGGAAACUGACAGUGGAGGAAUAGACCACCACAGCCUGACAGAUGCUGCAUCAUCAUGGGUAUAGAUCAAGGGAGGAGGACACUGCCCAUACUUCUGGAGCCAGUCUGGACAAAAUGGACUUGGACUUGGAUGAAUCUGUCAAGGUUUUGGUUGGUGUGUUGGAGCAAGGAGACUGGUCAUGCCAUGGUCCAGAAACCUUUCGCUUCAUGUGUUUAUUGAAGGGAAUGAAAUCUAUUCUUCACCUGUCGGAAUAGUAUGUGAAGCAAAAUAUGCCAAGUUCAAAGUCCUCUCUCAGGUGGCUGAAACAGUUCCUCAUCCUCCUGAGAGGGGUAUGUAGAGAGUGAAACUCAAAAGUAUACAAAGAUUUAAUUGUAAGAAGUCAAUUUAAUGGACCAUAAAGUUUGGAUCAUUGUAUAUUGCAAAUGAAGGGAAUGGUUUGAUACAACAUUCAUUUGUGUCUGUUUGACCUUGCAGACCUGGUAUUAACAUCGCACCUCAUGCACCAAUACUCCCUUUAGAAGUUUCCUAAGAAAUCUUGAUUCAUGAUGCAAUCUUAAACAGAAGAAUUGUUUGCAUCUGAAUUCUUAUAUUGAUGACUUACACGUCUUGGUAAGUUCCUAAUUAGCAUAGAUAAACACCCCGCCAAAGCCCAUAAAUGGGCAUGAGACUGCAGUGGCCUGUGCACACAGAAACAGAAAAGGAUAUCUAAGAAGUCAUGAGUUACUAAAAGAAAAUCUAAAGAUGAUGACAUGCAGAAAAAAGCUGUUACAUUAUGUGGUGUCAGCACUGGAUAGAAAAAAAAGCUGAUCUGUUAUCUGAGCUGGACCAAUGCAUCAUUAACAACACAGUACUAUGUGUUUUAAAUUAUAUUUGGGUCAGGUCUGUCACGUUGAUUGGUCUGAUGUUUUACUCUACUCAUGUCUGUAAUCUGUAAAAAAUUACCAAUUGUUUUAGAGACACAAAUUCAGUGCAGCUUACUUUAACUGCUUUAGGCUCAGGUCAGGUUCAGACACAGGUUCAGGUCACACUGUUAGCUCUCCUGAGUAUAUACAACCAUGGAACAUUUGACACAUUGAGCACAUUUAACACAAGUAGUGUGUAAAAAAUGAUGAUAGGCGACUAUUUUUGUUAAUAGUUGUUCUGUUUUCCAACAUAUUCAUGUAUUUAAAAUCUCCCACACACUUCAAGAAAUAAAUCAAAAUGAGCAAACAUUAUGCACAGACACCUGUCUUUUUUAGGAUAAAAAUGAUUAUAUUUGGUCAUUUAAAUCUAUCAUUCAACUCAAGAUCAAAGAAUACAAAUGAUUUUUGCUUAAACAUGUCAGUAAUCAAGUGUAUAGAGUGCUCUUCAGUGUAGAUUCUGAUCUUACAGUAAGAAAAAAUCCCAAAUAAGAAAACAUUGGUGAAUGUCACAAUCUUCGUAAAAACUGCGUAAGUGGAUUUAAAGAAGAAAUGUUGUCCUUAGAAUGUUUGGUGAAUGAGGCCCAUUCAUCCUGUGGGAUGCAAUCACCAGUGGAAAGCAGUAUUGGUGUGAGUGCAGACAGUAUUGGUGUAAACGCACCCAACAUGCAUUAAGGACUCAAUUCAGAUCCAAUCAGGCUGGAUUUUGAGGUGGUCCAGGAAGCAUGUGGCCACACUCUUUUAGCAGUGUGAAUGCAAAUAUGUCCUGGGCCACAUUGAAGGCCUGCCUACUCAAUUAACACAUACAGAACAAGUUCUAAUGCCAAGUGGGAACUCACGUACAAAGCUGGUGGCCACUUCUGACUGGAUCUCUCACAACAGAUGUUAAAACCAGGUAUUCCAUGUUCAUUUGACCUUCAUUUUUUUUUUAAACUCAGUGUACAACCUGAUGUAACAAGGCUUCUUCAGGUGUGUCUGGGUGAGAUUUUUGAUAUUUGUGGCAAACUUUGAAGCUUGCUAUCAUGCUUCAUGUGGGAAUACAAAGAGGAAUAAAUAAAAUAAUAAAUGAGUAUAUGUAUAAA